AUGGAAUACUUAGUUAUCUCUAGGUAUCUAUACUGUAUCUACAAGACAUUUGCAUCUACGAGACUGAUAACUACUGCGUCUAACUUCCAAUUCGAUUAUUCCUCAAUCCUUCGAGGGCCAUGUUACAUCCCCGGAGUUCCGGACCCUCUCUCUCUCUCUCUCUUGCUCUUAUCCAUGAACUUGGAUUUACAAGCAAGAUCAGCAGAUGAGCUCACUCCGUUUCUCCAUGUCCCCCUUUCCAUCAAUAAUCUUGGGACUUGGUGA